AUGGGCAAGAUUGCAAGUAUUGAGUACUUUCGAGUACCGCCGCGAUGGCUUUUCGUGAAGAUCACAGAUGAGGAGGGGAAUUUUGGAUGGGGUGAAGCUUCCCUAGAAGGACACACACAAGCCGUUGAAGGGUGCCUGGAUGCAUGGGCAGAGAGGUACACUGGGUUUGAAGCAGAUGAUAUCGAGCAUAUCUGGCAAAUGUCAUGGCGAACUAGCUUCUACCGCGGCGGUCCCGUCUUCAUGAGUGCGCUGGCAGGCAUCGACAUUGCCCUCUGGGAUCUCAAGGCGCGCAGGAUGAAUGUACCCAUCUACCAGCUCCUCGGUGGGAAAGUACGAAACAAGUUAAAAGUCUAUGCAUGGAUCGGUGGCGACAGACCCAAAGAUGUCAAAGAACAGGCCCUCGCCCGUAAAUCCCAAGGCUUCACCGCCGUCAAAAUGAACGCCACCGAAGACCUCGGCUGGCUCGACUCGCCCUCCGCCCUCGCCUCGGCCGUAACCCGCCUCGAGACCGUAAAAGCACUAAACAUGGACGCGGGCAUGGAUUUCCACGGCCGCGUCCACAAACCCAUGGCCAAGCAGCUCGCCCGCGCCCUAGAACCUCACCACCCCCUCUUCAUCGAAGAACCCCUCCUCUCCGAACACAUUGGCGGCAUCACCGCCCUGGCCCAGCAAACCUGCCUUCCCAUUGCCCUGGGCGAACGCCUCCAUUCGCGCUGGGACGUCCGUCCCUUUCUCGAGGCUGGCUGCGUCGACAUCCUGCAGCCGGAUAUCUCGCACGUUGGCGGCAUCAGCGAACUCCUCCGCAUAGCCAAUAUGGCGGAGACGUAUGAUGUGGCGAUUGCCCCGCAUUCGCCCCUUGGUCCUAUUGCGCUGGCGGCAUGCUGUCAGGUCGAUUGCACGCUGGCUAAUUUUGCGAUUCAGGAGAUGAGCCUGGGGAUCCAUUAUAAUGCGGGCAGUGCGGAUUUGACAAGCUAUAUGAAGAAUCCCGAGGUGUGGAAGGUCACGGAUGGGUAUAUUGAGCUUAUGACGGGCCCUGGGUUGGGCAUCGAGGUCGAUGAGGAGUGGGUGAGGCGGGAGAGUAAGGAUGUAAAGGCGUGGGUGAGUCCGGGAUUUAUCGGGCCCGGUGGGGAGAUCAGGGAAUGGUAA